AGUGAAACAUAGCGAAUCAAAAUGAAACCGAAAAGAGCGAACAUAUUUUACAUUUUGCAAUUGUAUUCGUGCGUUUCGAUUUUUGCAUUUUUAUUGUACCUGAUAACGUAUUUGUUGCUACAAUCUUCAGCAAUAUCAGGUACACCUACAGUCAAACCUUAUGAUAAAUUUGAUUUAGAAAAAGACACAGAAACUAUACAUCAUAUUUUACGAAAAGAGCCCAGAUAUAUUCCAGAAGUAGAUAAAAUGGUCCGCAUGGUGUGUCAUAGAUCUAGGGAGCAAAGAUUGGAAAUGAAACGCCUGUUCGGAGAAAAAUAUAAAUCUGAGUUGAUAGUUGUUAAGGAUAUCGCCGGUUAUUGUGCAGAUUCUGCAAGUGGAGAAAUAUCGUUCGGCGACUUACUAGAUGAUUGUUUCAGAAGUGUUCUAGGAAUUUACAAACACCAUUUAAAUCGGGAACUCACAAGUCCAUUCAAAAGGCUCGAUAAAAACGCCAUCAUUGAAAUACUGCUAUCGAUACCACCAGAAAAGAAGGGAGAAUUCUUAGAAUCUUACGAAAAAACUUUCAAGACUCCACUUCUGGAAGACGUAAACAGCAAUUUAAACGGUGAUUUUCACAAUGUUGUCGCAGAAAUGAUAAAUAGAAAUCGCACAUGUGACAUUCCACCAGAUAAGAUUGAUUGGGAAAAAGCGAAACAAGAAGCUCAACUAUUACACGAUGGACGAAAAAAAUGGAAAAAUCAUCGCUGCGAUUUGGACAGAAUUCUAAUGGAAACACCCAUUCAACAACUAAACGCCACGUUCGUAGAAUUCAAAAAAAUAGACGGCAAGGAAUUCGAAGAAGUGCUGGAUAAACACAUGGAGAAGGAUAAAAGAGGAUCUUACAAAGCUAUGGUAUUUUUCGUCAAAGACAAGCACGACUAUUACGCCAGACGAUUAGAAAAAGCCAUGAAAGGUUUAGGAACCCAAGAUCAUGUGAUCAACAGAAUAAUAAGCAUACACUCGGAAGACGACAUGGUAGAAAUUGCUACGGCAUAUCAAUUAAAUACCGCUGAUCCGCUUAUAAAAAGACUAGAGGAUGAUACAACAAGUCAUCACGAAAUGCUCAUCACAUGUCUGGCUGGCAAACAUACUCAGAAGGAGAAUAUCUAA